AUGGAAGAACCUAGGAAAGCAGGGAAGAACCUCCUUGGGCAGAAGGGACUUCUUCGCCACUUGACUUCGCUUGUGGAGAAGACGGUGGCAAGUAUGCCAAUGGCCAGCAUGGAGGAGGUUGCUAACCAGGCGAUCACCGCCAACAUCUUGAAUACCAUGAACUUUCUGCUCCAGUUUAGUGAUGUGAUUCGAGAUCGUGUCCGCAGUGGGCAGUUGGAGAUCGUGGGUGGCCUUUUCGAUCUGCAGACGGGCCGGGUGGAAUUUCUAGGCCCGUCUCCCGAUCAGGCUGUCCUCUUGGAUCCCAUGGCCUCCCAGAGCCUAAACUUGAGCUUCGCGCCCCUGACCUCCCAGAACACGCCGCCGCCCCAGAGCCAUGAGACUCGGGGCCUGAGCCCCAACUCUCCAGCGGCGGCGCUGCUAAUGCUGCAGGAAGGCAACGCCCGCUUCUGCUUGGGAGACAGUCGGGUUCCCCGGCAAGGGCAGGACAUGCGAAAGGCGCUUGCCAACUGCCCACAGGCCAACUACUGCGCCAUCGUGGGCUGCGCAGAUGCGCGCACGCCCAUCGACAGCAUUUUCGACGCCAUGCCCGGGGAGCUCUUCGUGGUGAAGAAUGCCGGCAACACUUGCUCACAAGCCGAGAGCAGCGUCAUCGGGAGUCUUGAGUUCUGCACCUCGAAAUUAGAGACCUCUCUGAUUCUGGUCCUGGGUCACUCAGACUGCAGUGCGAUGCAUGGAGCCACCAAAAUGUUCCUAGCCACUCAGUCGGGAAAGUCCCGGGAAUCCCUGGGCCCGGCUUUGGAUGGGCUCUUGGACGAUCUGAUGGUCGUGAUCUCCAAGGCCUUUUCCUUGUAUCCCAAGGCCACUGCAGAGGAGCUGGCGCAUCACGCGGUGAAGCUCAAUGUGGAGAACACCAUGGAGUGCCUUCUACGGAGCGAGGUCUUGAAGGAGAAGGUCCGCCGUGGGGAGUUGGAGAUUCAAGGUGGUAUUUACCAAGCUGAGACUCAUUGCGUGGACUUCGUUGGCCAUUGCAGUCGUCAGGGCGAGCUGUUGGCCCUCGGGGAGAAUGAAGCCAUCGCACGGAGAGAGGAGUCGCAGUCAUCCUCGGAGGAUGCCAUGCCCGCCUCUGCCGAGGUCGCGAUAAAGCUCUUGAAAGAGGGCAAUGGGCGCUUUGUGGGCGGCACUGCCGUGGCAAAUCGGAUCAGCCCGGAAGUGCGGAAGAAUAUGGACGCCAGCCAGCCCCCGCACACGGCCAUCAUCGGCUGUGCUGACUCCCGGGUUCCUCUGGAAACCAUUUUCGAUGCCUUGCCGGGGGACUUGUUCGUGUUGAGGAAUGCCGGCAACACCUGCACCCAUGCUCAGGGAAGCAUGGUGAGUAGCCUGGAGUUCUGCGUCGACAAGCUGCAGACACAGCUGAUUCUCGUUUUGGGCCACACGCAGUGCUACGCCCUGGCUCGGGCAGCGGAAGCGCACCAAUGCCAAGGGAAAGGCGAUCGCGGCAAGGCCUCGGAUGCCUUGGUCGAGGGGAUGGCAGCCAGCACUGCAGCAGCCAUGGUGGAGUUGGGAGAAACGGCCUCCAUGGAAGAGGUGACCAACCUCGCAACGAAGUGGAACGUCUUCCAUACCAUUCAGUGCCUACUUCAGUACAGCCAGCCGAUCCGGGACAAGGUUCAGCGUGGUGCUCUCGUCGUUCAGGGAGCGGUUUACGACAGCCACACGCGUCAUGUGGAGUUCUUGGAAUGCCCUGAAGCAGUGCUGAAAGGAGGAGCUGCGUGGGAGUCGCCUCCCCAGUGGGCCGGAGCGUGA